UUCGCUUUUCGGUGCAAGCGUCCAUCACAACCGCUUUCGCAGCCGCAGCUUCUUCCCCCAACGACCAACAUGCGCGAGAUCCUCUCCAUUCACCUCGGCCAGGGCGGUAUCCAGGUCGGUAACUCCUGCUGGGAGCUCUACUGCCUCGAGCAUGGCAUCCAGCCCGAUGGCCAGAUGCCCUCGGACAAGACGAUCGGCGGCGGCGACGACGCCUUCAACACCUUCUUCAGCGAGACCGGCGCCGGCAAGCAUGUCCCUCGUGCUGUCUUUGUGGAUCUUGAACCCUCGGUCUGCGACGAAGUCCGCACGGGCACGUACCGCCAGCUCUACCACCCCGAGCAGAUCAUCUCGGGCAAGGAAGACGCCGCCAACAACUACGCUCGUGGUCACUACACGAUUGGCAAGGAGAUUGUCGACCAGGUCCUCGAUCGCGUGCGCAAGCUUGCGGACAACUGCACGGGCCUCCAGGGCUUCAUGGUCUUCAACGCCGUCGGCGGUGGUACCGGUUCGGGUCUCGGCUCGCUCCUCCUCGAGCGUCUCUCGGUUGACUAUGGCCGCAAGUCGAAGCUCGGCUUCACGAUCUACCCGUCGCCGCAGGUCUCGACGGCCGUCGUUGAACCGUACAACUCGGUCCUUUCGACCCACUCGCUCCUCGAGCACACCGAUGUCGCCAUCAUGCUUGACAACGAAGCCAUCUACGACAUCUGCAAGCGCUCGCUCGACAUUGAACGCCCGUCGUACACCAACUUGAACCGUCUCGUUGCCCAGGUCAUCUCGUCGCUCACGACGUCGCUCCGCUUCGACGGCUCGCUCAACGUCGAUAUCACCGAGUUCCAGACGAACCUCGUCCCGUACCCGCGCAUCCACUUCAUGCUCUCGUCGUAUGCGCCCGUGAUCUCGGCCGAGAAGGCUUACCACGAACAGCUCUCGGUCGCCGAGAUCACCAACUCGUGCUUCGAACCUUCGUCCAUGAUGGCCAAGUGCGACCCGCGCCACGGCAAGUACAUGGCGGCCUGCCUCAUGUACCGCGGUGAUGUUGUCCCGAAGGACGUCAACGCUGCCGUCGCGACCAUCAAGAACAAGCGUACGGUCCAGUUCGUUGACUGGUGCCCCACGGGCUUCAAGUGCGGUAUCAACUACCAGCCGCCGACGGUUGUCCCGGGCGGUGACUUGGCGCGUGUCCAGCGUGCUGUUGCCAUGAUCUCCAACACGUCGGCCAUCGCCGAAGUCUUCUCGCGCAUUGACCACAAGUUCGACUUGAUGUACGCCAAGCGCGCGUUCGUCCACUGGUAUGUCGGCGAAGGCAUGGAAGAAGGCGAGUUCUCGGAGGCCCGUGAGGAUCUUGCUGCCCUCGAGAAGGACUACGAAGAGGUGUCGGCCGAAACGCAAGAAGGCGACGGCGAAGACAUGGACUACGGCGAGGAGUACUAAGCGUUCUGGCAUGCAGUUUUGCCCUAUAUAACAUGCGUUGACAUUGAUG